AAAAGGGCAAUCGCGUAUUACAAACGCGACCUCUAAACAAAAGGCCUUUCGUGGUUCAGUUGGUGAGGAGGUUGCUCCAUCCUACUACUCGUCCUAGGUGGUGAAUCGGGAAGUUCACUUUCGGUUCUCUAGGGUUUACUCUGCUUAGCUUACCAAUGGCUGAUCCUGAGUUAGAAGCAAUCAGAAAGAGAAGGAUGCAGGAGCUUAUGGCUCAGCAAGGCAUGGGAAGUCAACAAAACUCUGAACAGCAGAAGGCUCAGGAGGAUGCUAAGAGGGAGGCGGAGGAGCGAAGACAAAUGAUGCUCAGUCAGAUAUUGUCUGCUGAGGCUCGAGAAAGACUUGCUCGAAUUGCUUUGGUGAAACCUGAGAAAGCAAGAGGUGUUGAAGAUGUCAUAUUGAGAGCUGCUCAAAUGGGGCAGAUAACAGAAAAGGUUUCUGAAGAAAGACUCAUAUCAUUGCUGGAGCAGAUAAACAACCAAACAACCAAGCAGACGAAAGUUACUAUACAAAGGCGUCGCAGUGUCCUUGAUGAUGAUGAUUAGCUGUUGCUAUGAUAUCCCUUCGAAAGGUGUGCGGAGUAUUAAUAUGAUGCUUUAUUGUGCAUUAAACCACACAGUAUAUCGUUUGAGUUGCAAGACAUAUAUGUUUCAGUUUAUGAUUUUGAAUUUUUGCCCCUUGCCAGUUCGAAUUA